AGAUUUGGCGCUAUAUAAAGCGCCGCGGAGAAGACACGCCCCUUUCCUGCACCGCGGAGCCGCCAUGGACACGAGUCGUGUGCAGCCCAUCAAGCUGGCCAGGGUGACCAAGGUGCUGGGCCGGACCGGUUCCCAGGGACAGUGCACGCAGGUGCGUGUGGAGUUCAUGGAUGACACGAGCCGCUCCAUCAUCCGUAACGUGAAGGGGCCGGUACGCGAGGGUGACGUCCUCACCCUGCUGGAGUCGGAGCGUGAAGCCCGGAGGCUGCGCUGAACCGGUGAUGAAGCCUUACGGCGCUUACUUGCAGCGGCUGGUUGGCACCUGCUCGGCCAGAUGUGGGUCACGGAGAGGAGUGUGGCCAGUGCGUCACUGUAAUAAAGGGUUUUUCCAGUA